GCAACAACCGCAAGCCCCCCGGCGGCGGCGGCGGCGGCCCCGGCCUCCCGUCAGCCGCGGGCAGGCAGAACAUGGGCAGAGGCCGCAGCAGUGGCAAAGGACCACCUCAGCCUACGAUUUCUUUCGAUGGCAUCUAUGCAAAUAUGAGAAUGGUUCACAUACUCACAUCAGUUGUUGGAUCCAAAUGUGAAGUACAGGUGAAAAAUGGUGGUAUAUAUGAAGGAGUUUUUAAAACCUACAGUCCUAAGUGUGAUUUGGUGGUUGAUGCUGCUCAUCGGAAAACUGCAGAAUCCAGUUUGGGGCCAAAACGUGAAGACAUUCUGGAGAGUAUCCUGUUCAAGUCUUCAGAUUUUGUGAUGGUGCAUUUUAAGGAUAUGGAUACCAAUUAUGCCAGAAGAGAUGCUUUUACUGAUUCAGCCAUCAGUGCUAAAGUUAAUGGAGAACACAAGGAAAAGGAUCUUGAACCAUGGGAUGGAGGAGAAAACACGGCUUCCGAGGAGCUCGAGGCACUGGAGACAGAUGUGUCUAAUGGAUGGGAUCCCAAUGACAUGUUUCGUUACAAUGAAGAAAAUUAUGGUGUAGUAUCAACUUAUGACAGCAGUUUAUCUUCUUAUACGGUGCCAUUAGAAAGAGAUAAUUCAGAAGAGUUUUUAAAACGGGAAGCCAGAGCAACUCAAUUAGCAGAGGAAAUUGAAUCAAGUGCCCAAUACAAAGCUCGGGUUGCCUUGGAAAAUGAUGAAAGGACAGAAGAAGAAAAAUAUACUGCUGUUCAGAGAAAUGCUAAUGAAAGAGAAGGACAUGGUGUGAACACUAGAGAAAAUAAAUACAUUCCGCCUGGACAGAGGAACAGAGAUGUCCUGUCCUGGGGAAGUGGAAGACAAAACUCACCAAGGAUGGGCCAGUCUGGCUCAGGCCCACCAAUCUCAAGGUCUGGAUCCCACACUUCAGAAUUCAGCCCAAACUCUGGAGCAGAUCAAAGAGUAGUUAACGGAGGGCCUCCACGGAUGUCUCCUAAGGCUCAACGGCACCCUCGAGGUCACAGAGUCUCUACUGGUAGGGGUACAAUUUCAAGUGGCUUAGAAUUUGUAUCUCAUAAUGCACCUGGGGAAGCAUCUACUGCUGCAGUGGCACGAGGCAGCCCUUCAGGUGGGACGUGGUCAUCAGUUGUCAGUGGGGUUCCGAGAUUAUCCCCUAAAACACACAGGCCUAGGUCUCCAAGGCAGAGCAGCACUCCCAUGGGACCAGCUCUGCCUUCUCCUCAGCCUGGUACUAUUCCCACUGAAUCUGUUGCCAUGCCUGUUCCAGCUGCCUCUCCUACACCUGCCAGCCCUGCAUCCAACAGAGCAGUCACCCCUUCCAACGAAGCUAAAGAUACCAGGCUUCAGGACCAGAGGCAAAAUUCUGCAACUGGAAACAAGGAGAAUAUAAAGCCAAGUGAGACUUCUCCUAGUUUUCCUAAACCUGAAAACAAAGGUGUCUCUCCAAUUGUUUCAGAGCAUAGAAAACAGAUUGAUGAUUUAAAGAAAUUUAAGAAUGACUUUAGGUUACAGUCAAGUUCCUCUUCAGAUGCAGUGGAUCAGCUGCUAAACAAAACCCGAGAGGGGGAAAAAUCAAGAGAUGUAGUUAAAGAAAAGACAGAAUCCACCCCUAAAGAAUCUAUCAUAGAACCUGGCAGUAACACCAACUCCAAUGGUGGCAGUAGCAAACCCAAUAGUCCCAGUAUUUCUCCUUCCAUAAGUAACAGCUCUGAGCAAAAGCGAGGGCCUGAGGUGACUUCCCAAGGUGUGCAGACAUCCGGGCCUGGAAGUAAACAAGAUAAAGAGGAUAAAGAGGAGAAGAAGGAUACUUCUGAGCAAGUUAGAAAAUCAACACUUAAUCCUAAUGCUAAAGAGUUCAACCCUCGAUCUUUUGCUCAGCCGAAACCUUCUACUACACCAACCUCCCCUCGUCCACAAGCUCAGCCCAGCCCCUCCAUGGUGGGUCAUCAGCAGCCAACCCCUGUGUACACUCAGCCUGUUUGUUUUGCACCAAAUAUGAUGUACCCGGUUCCAGUGAGUCCAGGCGUGCAGCCUUUGUAUCCUAUUCCCAUGACGCCCAUGCCAGUGAACCAAGCCAAGACAUAUAGAGCAGGUAAAGUACCAAAUAUGCCCCAGCAGCGGCAAGACCAACACCACCAGAGCACCAUGAUGCAUCCUGCCUCAGCAGCAGGCCCUCCAAUUGUAGCUACUCCACCUGCUUACUCAACACAAUAUGUUGCAUAUAGUCCCCAACAGUUUCCUAAUCAGCCUCUUGUGCAGCAUGUGCCACACUACCAAUCUCAGCAUCCUCAUGUUUAUAGCCCUGUAAUACAGGGCAAUGCCAGGAUGAUGGCCCCACCAGCACACGCACAGCCGGGUUUAGUAUCUUCCUCUGCAACACAGUACGGUGCGCAUGAACAGACACAUGCUAUGUAUGUUUCCACUGGCUCACUUGCUCAGCAGUAUGCCCACCCUAAUGCUACCCUGCAUCCGCAUCCUCCUCAUCCUCAGCCUUCUGCCACACCGACUGGCCAGCAGCAAAGCCAACAUGCUGGAAGCCACCCUGCUCCCAGCCCCGUGCAGCACCACCAGCACCAGGCUGCCCAGGCACUCCACCUGGCCAACCCCCAGCAGCAGUCGGCGAUUUACCACGCAGGUCUAGCUCCAACCCCUCCUUCCAUGACGCCAGGCUCCAACACGCAGUCUCCACAAAAUAGUUUUCCUACAGCACAACAAACAGUCUUCACCAUUCAUCCCUCCCAUGUUCAACCUGCAUAUACCAAUCCGCCACACAUGGCCCAUGUCCCCCAGGCUCAUGUACAGUCAGGAAUGGUUCCUUCUCACCCAACUGCCCAUGCUCCAAUGAUGCUAAUGACGACACAGCCUCCCGGUGGUCCCCAAGCCGCCCUCGCUCAAAGUGCACUACAGCCCAUUCCCGUCUCGACAACAACACAUUUCCCCUAUAUGACGCACCCUUCAGGUGAGGAGUGUGUGCCCGGGACACCUGCACCCUAAACUGAGCCAGGGCGGAGGAUCAGGACUGGGACAGACCAGAUUUUGGGGGAAAAAAAAAAAAAAAGACAAAAAAACCAAACAAAAAAAACCCCGACCUUAAGAUGUCCUUGUAGAGCGGUUCGUAUUUGCCAGCCCGUUGCCAGCCUAGGUAGGUUUACCUGGUUUAGGGAGUUUUCCUCCAGCUGGAGUGGAGGAAUGGGGAGCUGGGAGACGCUGUGGGACUGAGUUGUGCCAGGGUUUGCCGUGGUGUUGCCGUGUGUUUAUGACAAUGAGAGGCUUUAUUAAUUUAAAGCGCUCGGUGUCAAGGACGGGAGUGAAAAUGGUUUUGGUUUAGGGCUGUUAGACUGCUGAGAAAGUGACUGCUAAUAAAGUGACUGCUAAUUUCAGUGACAGCUGAAAGCUAAACUUUAAUACAGAGUAACAUUCUGCAGCUUUAUUUUUGGGGAAAGUAGGUGCUGUAUGACUUCUUUCCACUUAAAAUUUAACCUGACUUGGGUUUCUUUGAUUAUUCGUGUUCAAACAGCCUCGAAAUUCCUGUAGUGAUGUUGUUUCUUGGGGAAUGUGUGAGCAGAAAAAUGCUUUCUGAGGGCUUAGGCAGGGGAAAAAUAAAACCAUCCAAAGGACAUCUUGAUGUGCAGGGUUUUGGUUUGUUCUCUAAAAAAAUAAAAGAAAAAAAAAAGAGAAAAAAAAUAAAAGAAAGUUGAGCUCAGUAGUUGUCCUGUGACCACUUUACUAGCAAACUGUUGUGUGGCUUGCCAAUUUAUUAUUUACAUUUGAACUUUUUUUUUACAGUACAAGCCCACCACCAACAGCAGUUGUAAGGCUCAUCUGGAAUAACUGAAAGGCUGGAUACCUUUUGUAGGCCAAAUACCCUCCUUCUACUGCUUCUGCCAACUGGAAGCACAGAAAACUAGAAUUUCAUUUUAUUUUGUUUAAAAAAAAAAAAAUUUGAUUUCUUGUAACAUCCACUAGGAAUGCUAACAGUUCAUCUUGCAGUGGGAGAGAUUCGGACUGAGUAGAGGCAUUUAGGAACUUGUGGGCUAUUCCAUAAUUCCAUGCACUGUAUCUGAGUCCUGCAAGUGCCCCAACUCUGCUUGCUGAAAACUGGAAGUUAUUUAUUUUUUAAUGACCCUUCAAAGUUAUGAACUCGUCAGCUAGCAAAAGAAGUAACAAGAGUGAUUCUUGCUGCUAUUAUCACUAAAAAUCAAGACUUGGAGAUCCCUUUUACUUCUAACUAAACUUGAAACAGGUUCAGUAAAAGAAAAAAAAAAUUCUAAUCGUCAAACGGAUGAGUUAUUAUUUAUAAAUCACGUUUGAUGAGAGAAUCACUAUCGUGAGACAGUGAUGUAACUUUUAAGUUAAGAAAACUUUUACUUUGUAGAUAAUAUAAAAUAAAAACUUAAAAAAAAAUUAAAAAAUAAAAAAAGUUUUAAAAACU